AUUUUCGAAUCACAGUUGUGUCGUCAGUAUUAUAUAUAUUAGUGGAAAGGGGCACAGAGACAUUUUUGUAUCCUUCGAUUUUUAUUUUGUUGCUCCAGCUUUUGACUGACUGUCCAGGGAAUAUGAAGAAGAUUCGGCAGCCAAAGAUUAUGUACAAGUACAUCAGCAAGGCCACGCUGGACAACCUGAUCGAUAAGGCCAUACAGUUAAAGCUCAACAAAAUCCACAAGAAGCUCCGCAAGAAGGCAGUCUCUGCUAAAAAAAGGUCUGUUCAGAAUGCAACUGUAGAGCCCGAUUGGGGAGUUCAAGAAUAUGCACAACUUUUUCUCAUAUUCCUGUGCAUGAUGAUCAGCCCACGAUUGCUGGACUUCACUUGGCCACCAAACUUUCGAAUCGAUUGCAAAUUGUCGACCACUGAUAUAAUAAUACUGGUCCUGAUGUUGCUUUUCGUGGUCUUUAUGUUGGUGUUUUGUUAGAAAUCUAUUAUUAAAUUAGAAAUCCAC